AUGGCCAGCUACUCAACUCCCUCUUCCUCGCCUCCUCCACCCACCUCACGCCGCCGACUGCGGUCCUGCGCGCAGAGACUCGAGCGCGGGUGUUGUACCGUUGCCACCUAUUUCCCCCUUGCCUUCGUGUAUGGCCUGUCGACGUGGGCGGUCUGGACGAGUUGGACAAUUGGGUUCGGGGGACAUCGGUCGAAAAGCGUGUGGUGGCUAAUACAAGGGGUCUCACUUUUGAGUGUAAUACUGUAUUGUCUGGCGAAUCUCUCAUACACGGUUGCGGUUUUCACGAACCCAGGGUCACCGCUGGACCCUCGACAGCAGACUGCCCAUUCGAGGACGAGGCAGGGUGGCCAAUACUCUGUCCUGCCGACCGCCGAGCCGUCGGCAGCCGACUCGAGAGAAGUCCAGAACAUCACAGUAUCCUCCACGGGAGCGCCACGGUACUGCAAGAAAUGUCAUGUCUCGAAACCCGACCGGGCGCAUCACUGCUCAACAUGUAAGCGAUGCGUGUUGAAGAUGGACCACCACUGUCCCUGGCUGUCCACAUGCCUGGGCUUGCACAAUUACAAGGCCUUCGUGCUGUUCCUGAUCUACAUCUCACUGUUUUCUUGGACAUGUUUUGCAAACUCAGCGUGGUGGAUGUGGAAGGAGUUGUUCGAGGACGCUGGAUAUCUCGAAGAGCUUGCACCCGUCAGCACCAUUCUGCUUGCCGUCAUCUCCGGCAUAAUCGGUCUUGUGAUCACGGGCUUCACUGCCUGGCACAUCUACCUCUGCGUCAAAGGGCAAACGACGAUCGAAAAACUCGAGAGGACUAGAUAUCUGAGCGGCGUAAGAACCCGCGUCGAGCGAAACCGUCAGGAGCAGCACCUCAAUCAACACCGACGUGGGUCCGAAGGGGUAGCAGAACGCUUACAACGAGCGGGCGAUCAAAUUCUUGAGAUCCACGCCAAUAUGGUACCUGGGGCAUCGCGCUACGAAGAAGGCGAGGAACAUACCUCGCCUGUACCUAGCGUUUACGAUUCCAGGCUCAACAAGCACGACCCUCAACUCCCCAAUCACUACGCUCCCGAUCACUCAUACAAUGGCCCCAACAACGACUCUCCAGCCCUUCGUGCCCUACGCAGCACAUACUCCAACGUCGAAGCCGACCGCGAACGCGAGCGAUACGCGGAAUAUCUUGACGACCAGGAGUCCGAAAAGAUGCCCGAUGCCUUCGACCUCGGCUGGCGCAGGAACCUGAGCCACUUGUUCGGACCGAAUCCGUUGGUGUGGUGGCUGCCCGUGUGCAACACCACGGGCGACGGCUGGCGCUGGGAGGUCAGUGAGAAAUGGAGGCUAGCGGUAGAAGAGGCCGCGCGCCAGAAAGAAAAUCGUCUCCAAGCCAUGGCAUCGCAGGGUUAUGAUGUGCACGACGUCAGAAUGCGAGGUGGUGCAGCAGCGCAGACAGCACUAUUCGGUCGAGAUGUCGAAUGUCAGCAACGGGAACACCAGUACCGAUGA